AUGUUGGCGAAGGCAGCUAGCUUGCUGACAGCGGCAAGCGUUGUUGCUAUUUCUUCCGCAGGCCCUAUUAUCCAGACCGUCUCGAGGGAUGUGGUAGUUGUUGGCGGGGGUGCUGCUGGCGCCUAUGCUGCUGUUAGACUCCGUGAGGACUAUGGGAAGAGCAUUGCAUUGGUUGAGAGAGAGACACGUUUGGCUGGUGCGGUUGAUACCUGGACUGAUCCAAAGACUGGUAUGCCCUACGAAUUGGGUGUUGAGGCACUCCUGGAUUAUGGCAAUGCUACACAAUUCUUUGCGCGGUUUAAUGUAUCGUAUGUGGAAUUGUGCGAGAAAUAUGAGGACAUCAUGUUGCCCGGACUGUGGAAUUUCCCCACCGCCGACAAUAUACCAGAAGAUCUGCUUUUAAACUUUGGUGAUUUUGCGAGAAAAUACGAGAUUGAGGCUGCUGUGCCUACGAUCUGGGACAUAUCGGCUGUAGGCCUAGGGCAGCUAGAGACUCAGCCGACCUUUUAUGUUAUGCAGUUGUUCCCAGCACCGCUUGCCCGAGUCUACACUGGCAAGGCCCGGACUCUAUAUGUGGCGUCCCACAGGAACCAGGAAAAAUAUGAUAGAGUGUCGGACACUCUGGGUGAUGAUGUCCUCUAUUCAAGCACUGUCGUCAAUGCAACAAGAACACCCAAUGGUGUUAUAAUUAUUGCCGAAGGCGCAGACGGGAACCAAACCGAGAUUCGCGCAAAGCGUUUGCUCAUCGCUAUCCCACCAACUGUACCCAAUCUCACACCGUUCAAGCUCGACAAAAGGGAACUCAGUGUCUUGUCUAAGACAACAUACACGCAAGCCUAUGCUGGUGGUGUUGUUUCAUCGAACCUGCCAUUGAACACAACCAUUAUUAACACCGCUUCUGGAAACUGGUUUGAUCUCCCGGAUCUGUCGCUCCUGUAG